AUGAGUGACUUAACUAAUGCGAUGAAAUAUCAUCAAGAAAGUUUAAAAAUGAAUGAAAAAUGUCUUCUAAUUGGACAUAAUAGUAUUGGAUCAAGUUUAAAUCAUAUUGCUCAUACACUCACUAAUCAAGGAAAGUAUAAUGAAGCCUUAAAUUAUUUUAAAACUUCGUUAAAAAUCCAACACAAUAUGUUUCCAAAUGGACAUAUUAGUACUGUUAAAACUUUAAGUAAAAUUGGAUAUAUUUAUUAUUUAAAGAAAGAUUAUAAUCUUGCAUUUGAUUAUUUUUCGAAGUGUAUGACAAUGAGAGAGACUUUAUUUGCUGAUAUUCAUGAUGUUACUUUAAUUAGUACUCUUACAUAUGUCAGUUUAGUUUUAACUAAACAACAACAAAAUAGUGAUUCGUUGAUUUAUUCAAUGCAUGCUCUCAAUCUUUCUAAAACUUUGCUACCUAUCGGACAUGAACAUAUAACUGAUUGUUACACUAAUAUUGGUAUUGUUUAUCGUAAAAAGGGUGAUUAUAUUAAAGCCUUCGAAUAUUUUGAAAAAGCUGCACAAAAUAAUAAUGCUAAACCUAUGCAACCAACUCCUAUUCGACUAGCACGCAUUUAUGAUAACAUGGAUAUUUGUUUAUGUUGUCAAAGUGAUGAUGAACAUGGAUUGAAUUAUCGCAUGGCAGCUGAUAAAUGA